GUGGCUGGUGAGAAAAUAGAGAGAUUUGUUUGUUGAAUCAAUGUCGGGCUCCAAAACUCCAACUUCUUCUAGCAAGCGACAUGUGAUCAACCAGAAGGAUAUAUAUACGGCACAAUGCAAUCUUUGCAAGAAAUUUAGAUUGAUUGAUACACAGGAGGAGUUUGAGGAGAUCACUCAUAAAAUCAAACAAGAGCCUUUUGAUUGUAGCAAAAAGGCUAAUCUUAGCUGCGACGAUCCUGCUGAUAUCGAAUAUGAUUCUUCUCAGACAUGGGUCAAAUACAAGCCUAACAAUCCAAAGACUCCAGAAGGUUUCAAGAGGACCUUGGAGCUUAGAAAUGAUUAUUCAAAAUUGGAUUCUUACUACAUCACACCUACAGGUGAAAAACUGAGAUCCCAUAGUGAGAUAGCAGCAUAUCUUGAAGAUCAUCCACAACCAAGUGGUGUAUCUGCUUCAGAUUUUGAUUUUUCAUCCCCAAAGGUUAUGCAAGAGACCAUCCUAGAAUUUAUUGAGCAACAGUAGGAUUUUGCUAACAAAAAAGCUUAGAAAGCUAAAGAUGAAGUUUGAGAAAUGUCAUCAUAAGGUUGUUGCAUGUUGUUGUUGUUGAUGA